GCCUGACCCGGAAGUAGAUUGGUCCUUCCGGGCUGCACAUAUCCGAGCCCGUCGUCAAGUCUACCAUGGGGAAGUCCAAACAAACAAGAAACCACAAUAAUGGCAGAAAGAAGAACAUUGCAAAGACGUGGAAAACCAAGCGCAGGACCAAAGACCUAGACCAGAUCCAUUCAGAUAUGAAACCAGAGACUGCAGCCAAACUGCUCAAUCAGGAAGUGGACUAUGACGUAACAGGAUGUGCCCAGCACUACUGUUUACACUGCGCGAGAUAUUUUGUGGAUAUGAAAUCUUUGAAAGACCACUUCAAGAGUAAAGUCCACAAGAAACGCUUGAAAGAGCUCAGGGAAGAACCCUACACCCAGGAAGAGGCGGAAAGAGCAGCAGGGAUGGGCUCUUACAUCCCUCCCAAAACAGUGGUGGUGAAGACGCAAGAUGUGGAAGAAGACAUGAGCUAAAAGCUGCAUGAACUGACACAUGAUUAAAACAAAAAAAAACUACAAUUCUCCAGGACUCAAA